GCAUAUAUACACGAAGAGGCGUUUACACAGAUACAGCGCGUUUGCUUACUGUGUGCAACACAUUUGCCGUCACUUUUAGUCGUUCGCCGUUCGUUCGUUGGUAGUCGUCGUUGUCGUUUCGAGUGAAUCGAAUGUAAGAUAACCAGUCACAUACUGUGCGCGACGCUUUGAGCUGUGGAUUCCUCUUACUUUAAUUAAUUUUUCUGCUGUCUAUCUGUAACUGCAACAGAGAAUCGUGCGUGUGUGCAACUAAAACACAAACACGAAACACAGACACAUUUACAAAUUAUUCUUAGUUUGGUCAAGUAACUAAAACAACAACAAACAGCAACAUGUCGACAGUCGAUAAGGAAGAAUUGGUCCAGAAGGCAAAAUUGGCCGAGCAGUCAGAGCGUUACGAUGACAUGGCCCAGGCCAUGAAAUCAGUCACAGAGACGGGCGUCGAGCUGUCAAAUGAAGAAAGAAAUCUGCUCUCCGUUGCCUACAAAAAUGUGGUUGGAGCGCGCAGGUCAUCGUGGCGCGUCAUUUCCUCCAUCGAGCAGAAAACCGAAGCAUCCGCCAGAAAACAACAGCUCGCCCGCGAGUACAGAGAGCGUGUGGAGAAGGAGCUUAGAGAAAUUUGCUAUGAAGUUCUGGGACUUCUGGACAAAUAUCUUAUUCCAAAAGCCAGCAAUCCAGAAAGCAAGGUUUUCUAUCUGAAGAUGAAGGGAGAUUAUUACAGGUAUUUAGCUGAGGUCGCCACAGGAGACGCACGCAACAACGUCGUUGAGGACUCGAAAAAAGCUUAUCAAGAGGCAUUCGAUAUUGCAAAAACUAAAAUGCAGCCUACACACCCAAUCAGAUUAGGUCUUGCACUCAACUUUUCCGUCUUCUAUUACGAAAUUAUCAAUUCACCAGCGAGGGCUUGUCAUUUAGCUAAACAGGCGUUCGAUGACGCGAUAGCCGAGCUGGACACACUCAAUGAGGAUUCAUACAAAGACUCAACACUCAUCAUGCAACUGUUGAGAGAUAACCUGACUCUUUGGACCUCAGAUACCCAGGGUGAUGGUGAUGAGCCACAGGAGGGCGGUGACAACUAACCAAACAACUAAAAUGUUUCCUUUUUGACUAUGCAAAUAUUAUUCAGUAAUACAAAACAAAACAAACAAACAAAAACAAAACAAAACAAAAGCAAGAAAUAUAAAAACAAUUCUUUGAAGUCGAAGGUAAUACAAGGCAGCAGAGCAGCAGUAAUGUAAUAAUAAAAGCAACAUCAAAACCAACAUCCAAAACAUCAGCAGCGACACAAAUGAAUAAUAAGAAAAAAAAAAACACAAAAAACA